GAGCAGCCUGUAAUUGACAGCGAGCGGCAACUUUCUGGAAAAUUGAUGGACGAAGAGGUAAUGGGCGCGCUCGAGCGAACUGGGUAUAUAACUCCCCAGCAUAUGCUCUUGAUCGAUUCUAUUCUCACCAUGCCCAGUUCUACUGUCGAGCAGGAAUAUCAGCGUCGAAUCUCCGCGAUCAAUGCAGUUAUCGCUUUCUGUGAUGUGGAAGAGGGGUCGCACUGGCCCCUCACAGCCUUUCAAACGCCGAGGUCACCCGUCCGUUAA